GCCACCCCGGGGAUCCCUCCCCGCCAGCCGCGUUUCGCCUGGGAUGAGCUCCGUGGGCGGCCUGGGCAGGGAAGAUCCCCUUUUCCCACUUGGGUCUCGUGAGCAAGCCCAGCCUGGGGCCUUCGUCAGCGGAGGAGGAGGAGGAAGGGAGCCACUGAGCCCCCCCGAGAGACGCUGAGGAUGGCCCAGUCCAGGUCCAGCAGUGGCUCCCACUACGCCCUGACAGCCAUUGGGCUGGGGAUGCUGGUCCUCGGAGUCAUCAUGGCCGUCUGGAACUUGGUCCCGGGCUUCGGCCUCAGCGCCAAGCCUCACCCGGCCGGCGGCCACCAUAACGAGACCGAGGUCAACAAGGGGCCCCUGCACAGGAACAAGACCUUCUCGGUGGCCUACGUCCUGGUGGGGGCCGGCGUCCUGCUGCUCCUCUUCUCCAUCUGCUUGACCAUCCGGGACAGAAGGAAGCCCAGGCACCGCGAGGACGACGACGUCCGGAUACGUCCGCAGCCCUCGGUCGAGCGGCCUCCCCCGGAGGACAGCCAAGAAGAGGACAACGAGAGCCUCUCCCGGUACUACGUGCCCAGCUAUGAGGAGGUGGUCAACGGGCUCUACCCGCAGCAGCCCCGGCUGGAGGCCGAGGGUGGCGCCCGCAUCAGCAUCUCCCUCCCUUCCUACGAGUCCCUGACGGGGCUGGAUGAGAGCCUCCCCACCAGGCCCAGCCCCACGGCAGCAGCAGGGACAGCAACGGGGGAGGCCCCCGGGGGGCAGCGCCCGCCCGCCCGGCAGAGCUCCCGCCUCAGCAAACGCCUGAAGCCGCUGAAAGUGCGCCGGAUCAAGUCGGAGAAGCUGCACCUGAAGAACCUCCAGCUGGGCGGCGGCACCCCUCCCGCCCGGGUCACCAUCGAGCCGCUCACUCCCCCUCCCCAGUACGACGAGGCUCCUCCUAAGCUGCCAGAUCCCCGGGAGGGGGAGCCCUGAAAACGCACCGGAGGGACCCCUAAGGGGCAGGAAGCCCCGGAGAGGCUUCUUCAGAACAAGAGGGGUGGGGGUUGUGUGCAAGCCAGAAGACCCCCUCCUCAGAAACCCCCCCCCCAUGGCUCAGCUGGACUUGCUUGCCCAACUGGACAAACGGGGUCAGGAGAAGAUUCGAUGACGCAGCCUUUCAGACGGCCUUCGUCCUCGUGAGCCUUCCUGGCCCACCCGGGAUUUAGGAAACGCCCCCCUUUUCCCUCCUCCAAGGGACUCCCCCCCCAUCAGACUCAGACCCUUCCUCCGUCUCUUUCCUCCGACCUGCGUGGAUGGACAGUUUGGGAAGGCUGCCAGAUCCCCUCUGGAAACCCGGCUCAAGGCGG